AUGAACCCAAAUCAACCAUCACAACAACAACAAUUAAUGCGUGUACCGAAACAAGAAAUGUCUCGUCGUUAUGUUCAACAGAAUCCACCAAAUCGACCAUCCAAUCAGCGGAGUAAUGGACAUUCGGGAGAUAGAGGAAGCAAGAAUGGAAAAUCGGGAGUGUCGUCGUCAUCGGUGAUGAUAGAAGAAGUUCCAAAUAAUGCCUAUUUGGACAGUUUGAACAAUCAUUCGAAUGGUCAAUAUAAAGUGGACGAAGAUAAAUUGCCUGUGUUUCUCAUAAAGCUUUGGAAUAUUGUCGAAGAUUCGAAUCUGCAAGCAAUUGUUCAUUGGGAUGAUUCCGGUGCAAGUUUCCAUAUUUCUGAUCCAUAUUCUUUCUGUCGGAAUGUUCUUCCUCACUUCUUCAAGCAUAACAAUUUGAAUAGUUUGAUCAGACAAUUGAAUAUGUAUGGCUUCCGAAAAAUGACUCCCCUUUCACAAGGUGGUUUGACACGUACCGAAUCAGACCAAGAUCAUUUGGAAUUCAGUCAUCCAUGUUUCGUUCAAGGCCGACCUGAAUUAUUAUCUCAAAUCAAGAGGAAGCAAUCAACGAAAGUGACGGAGGACAAACAAGUCAGCGAACAGACACAGCAAAGUUUGGACAUUGUCAUGGCAGAAAUGAGAGCAAUGAGAGAAAAAGCUAAGAACAUGGAGGAUAAGAUGAAUAAAUUGACAAAGGAGAAUCGAGAUAUGUGGAGUCAGAUGGGAUCAAUGCGGCAACAGCACGCCAGACAGCAGCAAUAUUUCAAAAAAUUGUUGCACUUCUUGGUCUCUGUCAUGCAGCCAGGGUUGUCGAAGCGUGUGGCGAAAAGAGGUGUACUUGGAAUAGAUUUUGGUGCGAAUAGUAACCCGAAUGGAGGAGGUCCAAACUCAAAACGACCUAGGAUGAAUUCAGAAGAAGGACCAUACAAAGAUGUAUGUGAAUUGCUUGAAUCCCUUCAACGAGAAUCUCAAGAACCAUUCACACGUCGCUUCACAAACAAUGACCAUGAAGGACCACUGAUCUCAGAAGUCACAGAUGAAUUCGGGAAUUCUCCAGCUGGAAGAGGAGCAGGGUGUGAUAUGUUCCCAGAUCCUUUCUGUACGGAAAGACCUCCAAGUAGCCGUUAUUCGGAUGCACCCAGUUCCAGAGAGCAAUCACCUCAUCCGAUUAUUUCUCAACCAUCUAGUAGUCAGAAUAUGAACGGAACGAACGGAAAUCUUGAUCAUAAGCCACAUGAGAUGUAUAUGGGAUCCGGUGCACUGACACAUGAGAAUAUUCAUCGAGGAGCUGCUGGUGCGAAGAGAGAUUAUCAAGGACAUCAGAUGACAUCUCCUGUCGGUGAUAAUGCGAAUGGUCAAUCAACAUCAUCUGUUUCUGCAAAGAUUGGACAGAAGAGGGCUCCAUAUAAGCAUGCCACUAGACAUAUUGGUCAGAAUCAGGUCUCUCAAGACUAUCAAGGUCCAUCCAACUAUGGCUAUGUUCAAAACAACAUUCCUGCUCAAUUGACUUAUCAACCAGCCCAACAACAGUCUCAAAAUGCUCAAAAGUUGAUGGCAAUAGAAGAUCAACAAUCAAUGGAUCCACACCAGAAUCUAUACUCUCCAACUCUUGGUCUUUCGCCAUCAUUUGAUCGUCAAUUAUCUCAAGAACUUCAAGAAUAUUUGACUGGAAUGGAUACAUCAAUGGAUACACUCCGUGAUAUGGUUACGAAGCAUAACUGGGAUUCAUUUGGGGAUAAUCUUCCGUUGGAUGAUGAUGAAGAUGAGCAACUGUAUCAUCAUCAACAAGAUAACGGAACACAAAAUGGACAAUCAGGAUCUCAAGGACAGUAUCAACAGUACCCAUUGGCAUUGAAGAAUGUUCCAGAGAGCUCAUUCUACGAUGAAGCUGGAGAUCUUUUGGAUCCACUUCUCACUGAUAAUCAGUUUCCUGAGAAUGGUUUCCAAGUUCCCGAUGCAAACUACAUGCCAUUGGCUGAUGAAGAGAUCUUCCCACAUUCACCGGUCCUCCGUACCCCAAGCCCUUCGGAUACAAACUUGGCUUGA